AUGCCGUUGGAUUAUAUUUCGUCAGAAGCACAACAAACUGAUCAACGCCGAACACUUCGUGCGAACUUGAAACAUGUCUUAGGCGAUAGUACGAAUACUAGCUCGGAACAUGGAUCAUCAAGAGCGUCUUUAGAAGAUCGCAUUCGCAGAUUACAAAAAGCAGCUGUAAUUCGUCAAUACCAGCAAGAAACACUAUGUGAACUUCAAUUGAUAGAAGAUUCAUCUGAUAGUAAACGAAUAAAAAUCGAUACGGAUAUAGUGGAUGAAAUUACAAGAUAUCAGCAAGGAUCUACUGACCGACAGACGGCGAAAUCACGAAGAGAAUUAUCUUUUCAAAGCAAGAGAGUAGCGAACUGGAUAGUUCUUUCAGAUCAACAUCACUUGAUUAUAAUCUUCAAACAAGGUAUGCGUUCUUCCCGAGCAAACACUGCGUCUAUCAAUGCAUCGAAUCCUAAUCGUUACGAAAUGCCACGAUUGAACUCGGCGCUUGCACUAGAGACAAUGAGUGACGAAGAAAUUGCUCGACAACAACAAGCAAAUUUUUACGAAACUGAGCCCAUGGACGUUUCAGAACAAGUCGAAUACAUUCGCAUUCCGUUUAAUCUUCGUCAACGAGUCGAUAUUGAUGCUGACGCAGCUUACGCUCGUGAACUUCAACAAGAAGAAUAUUCUCGACAAACUCUCGAUCCCUCUCGAUCAUACAGAGGUUCAUCAACCACUAAAAGAACACCUUCACAUGCUGCAUCGAUCCGCAGUGACGCACAAUUAGCUGAACAUUUACAAGCUGAAGAAAACCAACGAGGACGAAGACACCAACAACGACCUAACCAUUACGCACGACGACAACAAAGUGCAAGGCUUGAACCUAAUGAACCUGACAUAAUAUCAAUACCAAGACUAAUAGAAAGACCGACAGUUCGUCGUCCGGCAAGAAGUAACGAUCCUGCUAGCAAUAUCGCAAACCUUUUCAGUUCCAUAGCAGCUGCUAGUGGGCAGCGCCUUCCAGGGCGACGAAAUCAUGAUACUCAGGGUACUGCAGAUGACUUUGGUCCUGAUGAUUAUGAAAGAUUACUUGACCUUGAUAAAAACGUUCCAACGAAAAAAUUAACUUCGGAACAGAUUAAUAUUCUACCAACCGAAGUAUUUCAAGGCGCGAAGAAUAAAAACGACGAAGAAAAUAAGUGCAGUGUGUGUUGGGAUGACUUCGAACAAAGUCAAACAUUACGUCGACUACGCUGUUUUCAUCUAUAUCAUAAAGAAUGCAUAGAUAAAUGGUUAAAAGACAAAAAUCAAUGUCCAAUCUGUCGUAUACCUCCUAUUGUAUAA